GUCAAGGCGAACGGAGGGCGAAUCGACAAACUGAAAGUUGCCGAUGACUUUGCACUGUUGGAUCCUUGCAAGGUCGAAGACCAGGUUUACGGUACCUCAUGCGGGACGAUGUUCUGUAAUGAAGCGCUCGGAGAGGAAUGUAUCGCUGGAAAAUUGUGUGGAUGCCCGAAGGGACAGAAGCGAAAGGAUGCACAGAGCCCUUGUCGCGUGGUGGAAUCCUUCAAUCUGCCGCUUUACGUCAUACGAGACGGUAAUAAUCCACUGAAAUAUACGCCAGGUCUUGCUAACCCGCGAGAUGACAGACAUAAGGAACUGGUUCGAGUCUGGAGUUGGUCAGAGCUACGACAAGACACCUCUCAAAACGGAUUCGUUUCUGUCGAAGUAAAUGACAUCGAGGAGCCGUCGCUGCGAAACGCG